CCCAGUUAUUUUCUAUUUCACUCCUAGUCUCACCCCUCUCGCGGACCGUUCUCCAGACGCAGCAGCUCGGCUGGUAUACGCCUAUUACCGGCCAACCACCCUGUCCCCCAGGGAGAAGAGAAAUAAUACAUGGGACACAACGAAAGAUAAAUUAUCUUAGUUUGUAGUUUAGAUUUAUCCAGGACAAUCAGAGCGGAUAUCCAUCGACACAGAAAGAAACCCCGCCUUUACUCGUCUCGCGGUCUCUCAACUUCUCCCACCUACUCUUUAUUUUUUAUCUCAAUCCUUCUUUCUAUUUAAACAUUUUUUGACUGGAUGGAAAGAUGUGGAUAAACGGCGGAAGUGGUCAGGUCGGACCCUAAUCUAAAACAACGAGACACCCGGGCCGUCACGAACGCAGCAGGCAGAAUAUAUUCAACAGGAGCUAUACUUUCUCCGGUUGGAUUGAUUUUCUGCUCAGCGGUCGAACUUUUUGAAAAUUGCAUAUAGGCUACCGCUGUCUGUUCCGUGUGCUCUAAACCCAAAAUCUCAUACAUCGCCUUGGACCUCAGUGAGAGGGGAUUGGGACCAAAUAUGGUGUCCAGUCUGAGCGAGUGGUUCUGGAAUGAGCGGCUGUGGUUCCCUGAGGGGCUGGGCUGGGCUGACCUGGAGGACAAAGAUGGCCGUGUCUACGCCAAGGCCAGCGACCUUUGGGUGGUGCUACCCAUUGCCCUAGCCUUCCUCGUAAUACGACAGAUCUUCGAGAGGUUAGUGGCCACCCCACUGGCUGCUGUCAUGGGGGUGAAGGAGAAAGUUCGGCUCAUAGUCUCACACAACCCCACACUGGAGUCCUUCUACUGUAACACAACCAAGAACCCCUCACAGAGUUCUAUAGACAGUCUGUGUAAGCAGACAGGUUGUUCAGAGAGACAGGUGCAGAGAUGGUUCAGGAGACGCAGGAACCAGGACCGUCCCAGUCUACUGAAGAAGUUCAAAGAGGCCAGUUGGAGAUUCACCUUUUACCUUCUUGCUUUCAUUGCUGGCCUGGCUGCCCUCAUUGACAAACCCUGGCUGUAUGACUUUAAGGAGAUGUGGCAGGGCUUCCCUAUUCUGACUCUCCUGCCGUCUCAGUAUUGGUACUAUAUGAUAGAGCUGGGUUUCUACGUCUCUCUAAUCUUCAGUGUGGCAUCAGACGUCAAACGGAAAGACUUUAAGGAGCAGAUGGUUCACCAUAUGGCCACCAUCUUCCUCAUCAGUUUCUCCUGGUGUGUCAACUACAUCAGAGCGGGUACGCUCAUCAUGCUGCUGCACGACUCCUCUGACUAUUUACUGGAGUCCGCUAAGAUAUUCAUCUAUGCUGGAUGGAGAAACACCAGUAACUACGUCUUCUUCCUCUUCGCUGCCGUCUUCAUCUUCACUAGACUCUAUAUCUUCCCCUUCUACAUCAUUUAUUCUACGUACAUUUAUCCGAUGACUAUGUACUCUCCGUUCUUUGGAUACUACUUCCUGAAUUUCCUUAUGAUGGUGCUGCAGUGUCUCCAUAUCUUCUGGGCCUUCCUCAUUCUGCGUAUGGCCGUCCGCUUCCUGAGCAGCGAUGAAAAGGUGGAGGACGAGAGGAGCGAUAAAGAAGAGACAGACGAGUCAGGGGAGGAAGAGGAGGGGGUGGAGAAGAAAGGUGCGGUGCAGAAUGGUAACGCCGCUCACAACAACCACCGCAAGACGGAGUAAUGAAAACAUGUGCCAGGAAGUAAGAGUGAAGAAUUCACAUCCCUCCCUCAGCAGAGUGGGAGAGAUGGAGGGAAGGGGAAAGGGAGAGAUGGAGGGAAGGGAGAGAUGGAGGGAAGGGGAAAGGGAGAGAUGGAGAGAAGGGGAAAGUGAGAGAUGGAGGGAAGAGGAAAGGGACAGAGUGGUAGGGAAAAUAGGAGAAGGAAAGGCAUUCCUAAAGCCUGAGAACUACAGGUAGACCUGUACCUGUGGUUAGAUACACUGUUCUACAUUAUAAACACUCAAUCACACACACCAUUUUGGAUAUACUACAUUAAUUGGCAUGGACCUGUUAUUAUAGUCCAUUAAUAACACACACACACGGGUAAUUCUCACAUUUUUCACAAAAUGUCCUCUUGAAUAACAGAGUAGGAUCUAUACAUAUCUAUUUCAUAAUUAUUAUUAGUUUUUUUAUCAGAUAUUAUACUAACAUUUUCAUAAAAUUCUCAUUCGUUUUUGCCCAAAAAAGUUAUAAAUCAAUAUUUAUAUAUUUGUUUAACAUUGCUUCCCUAAUGAAAAUGCCUGAGACAAAUCAUUUUAAAUUACAAUUAUUAUAAAAUGAAAAUCAGACUUUUUCCCAAUUUGAGCUCUUUAGCUGUUUUCUAAGGACUACUCUAGAUGAUGCAUCAUGGGUGAAGAAAUUUUUAUUUAAAAACUGGAGUUUUAUAGGAACUUGAAAUGGUAAUGAGACAUAUCCACAGACACUGCUUGUAUGUAAUAAAUAUUAUAGUUUAAUGUAAACUUCAACUAGUAUACAAUUUUUAUAAUUUAUGGAGAAACUACAGUAACAUAUUUUGUUUUAUUUAAAUAAGUUAGGUUUUUCUAAAUAUGUAUUUUUAUAAAAUUACCAUGAAUUUAAUCAGGAGGCAUUUCAGUAAUGAAAAUGCAUUUUUAUUUUUUUUUACAUGACAUUUUCCCCUAAAACUAGACAUCUUAGUCCUAAGAAUGAUAGUUGAUUUUUGCAGGUGCAUCAUAGUUUUGUAACUCAAUUUGUUCCAGACAUUUUAAAACUGGUUUCAUGAGAAUACCCCCCCCACACACACACACACACACACACACACACAAUUUAAGAAAUAGCAUUGGGAACAUCUGUGUGAUUUCAGUCCCUCUGAAAGAGUGUUCAAAAGGAUGUGAAUGGAAGAGAGGACAGAAUGAUGAGAAUGAUGAGAAUGAAGGGAAGAAGGGAAGGAAGGGGAGAAGAGAAGGAAGGGGAGAAGAGAAGGAAGGGGAGAAGAGAAGAGAAGAAGAGAGGGGAGAAGAGAAGAAAGGGGAGAAGAGAAGAAAGGGGAGAAGAGAAGGAAGGGGAGAAGAGAAGGAAGGGGAGAAGAGAGGGAUGGGGAGAAGAGAAGGAAGGGGAGAAGAGAAGGAAGGGGAGAAGAGAGGAAAGGGGAGAAGAGAAG